AUGAUCAGCACAUUGCGAACUGUAGCUAAUUAUAGACAGAACAACCAAGUCGCUGCUCUACGCAAUGCAAACAUUCGCGUAGAGACAAUCAACAGCACCACACCACCACCUGAAAGAAGAAGAAUUCUCGAGGACCUCCAAUGUGGUCACCCGUUGACCAGGCUGCUAUAUGUUACCCCGGAAUUCUGUCAAGGUGACCAAUUUCGCAGGAUCCUCAGGGUCAUUCACUCUCAAAAAGAGCUUGCACGCAUUGCAGUCGACGAAGCCCAUUGUGUCAGCGAAUGGGGUCAUGACUUCAGACCAUCCUUUCAGCAACUGUCCUUCUUCAAGGAAGAGUUUCCAGAUGUUCCUAUCAUAUGUCUAACCGCCACGGCCACUGCCCGUGUGCGAGACGACAUCAUCAAGACCCUCGCCCUGGAUACCACCAAGCUCAAGAUGUUCCGCAUGACCACAAGCCGCCCCAACCUGCACUACGAAAUCCGCUUCAAGAACGACCAAGAAGACCAAUACCCCGACUUCCUCCGCUGGCUCAAAGCCGCCCACGCUCGACGCGCCGCCAACCCGGAGCGCCUCGCCACCCAAAACCAACGCGCAGACAACGUCCCAGGCAUCAUAUACACGCUCUUCCGCAAAGACUGCGAAUCCCUCGCCGCCCGCCUGCGCUCCGACGGCAUCGGCGCAAAGCCCUACCACGCCGGGCUCCCGCACGCCGAGCGCGCCGACGCCCUCGAAGGCUGGGUCGCGAACAAAGCCGGCUACGACGUGGUGGUCGCAACGACGGCGUUUGGCAUGGGCAUCGACAAGGAAAACGUGCGCUUCGUCGCGCACUGGCAGCUGCCCAAGAGCUUCGAAGGAUUCUACCAAGAAGCCGGGCGCGCGGGCCGCGAUGGAAAGGCUAGUGUUUGUAUGCUAUACUACGGGCGCGAAGACCGCGAUCGCGCGGGCCAGAUGAUGGCGAGGGAUCAUGCGCGGCAGCCGAAGGGGGGUACGAUGCAGGUGCAGCUCCAACAUCGGCAGAACAGUCUUGUCGCGCUGGUCAAGUAUUGCGAGGCGACCAAUGUGUGCAGGCAUAAGUUGAUUGCUAGGUACUUUGCGGACGAUGAGAAUCCGCCGUGUGACUACGCGUGCGAUUGGUGUAAGGAUGCUGUGGGCGUGGUGAAGAGGAAGGAGAGGAACUUGGCGAGUGAGGAGUUUUGUAGCACGCAGAGGGAGCAAGGGUAUGAUAUUGAUGAAUAUGAGUGA